AUGAAAAGAUCAUUAAUUUCAGUUGGAGGUCGAGAAGGACCGAUGAAAAGAUCAUUAAUUUCAGUUGGAGCAUGGAUUUUAGCGACAACUUUAUCAUCUCCAACACAAAAUUGUAAAGACGAACGACAAGGCUGUGAAGCAAUAAGAGCAUCAAAUAGUUGUGGUGGUGUAUUUCGAACAACAAUGAUGCAACAAUGCGCAAGAACUUGUGCGACAACUUUAUCAUCUCCAACACAAAAUUGUAAAGACGAACGACAAGGCUGUGAAGCAAUAAGAGCAUCAAAUAGUUGUGGCGGUGUAUUUCGAACAACAAUGAUGCAACAGUGCGCAAGAACGUGUGGUUAUUGCACGUAG